AACUGUUUCCUCUUUGUUUUCCAAAACGGUCCUUUGCAGCUAGUCAGUGCUUAGUAAGCUCAGAAGCACGUCCUUUGCCUUCGAGGCUGUGCGGGACUGUAACUGCUCAGCAGACUUUGUGCCCCUGCUCGGCGCAGGCACUUUCCCAUGCUGUACUGGGAGCGAUUGGCUCUCUCGGAUCAUGUGGGAGCAGCUGGAAUCCUGAGUUGUAGCUUUUGGCACUCCUUUUUCUUUUAAAGCGCUUGCUCCUUUCAGCUCCCUAGGGCUUGUUGCCUCCCUCCUUUCAUUACUCUGAUUAUAAUCUGGAAUAGCCGUACAGGAGACCGGAGGAGCGAUUUUAAAGGAGCAGAGAUGUUUAAGCAGGUGUCCAGGACUUCAGGCACAGGCUGCUACUAUCUAAAUUCCAUGUCACCUGAGGGCCAGGAGAUGUACGUACGAUUCGACCAAACGGCAAGGCGCCCUCCCUACAGGAUGAGUAGGAUUCUUGCACGUCACCAUCUGCUGACGAAAAUUCAACAAGAAAUCGAAGCAAAGGAAGCGUGUGACUGGUUACGUGCAGCUGGAUUUCCCCAAUAUGCUCAGUUCUACGAAGAUUCCCAGUUUCCCAUUGACAUUGCCGCAGUAAAAAAAGAUCAUGAUUUUCUUGACAAGGACCUUGUAGAACCUCUUUGCAGACGACUGAACACCCUGAACAAGUGCGCCUCAAUGAAACUCGAUGUGAACUUACAAAGAAAAAAGAGUGAAGAUUCAGAUGAGGAAGACCUCUGUGCUAUCAGUAAUAAAUGGACUUUCCAAAGAACCAGCAGGCGAUGGUCUCGGGUGGACGAUAUUGAUACUUUGCUUCAUCGAUCAGACAGACAUGGGUCUUCUGGGGACAUUAAAAUGAAAAAUACAACAAGCAGUGAGAGUGUCCUUACAGAUCUAAGCGAACCUGAGGUCUCAUCGAUUCACAGUGAGAGCAGUGGGGGAAGUGACAACAGGAGUCAAUCUGGUAUCAGCAGUGCUGUCAGGGAGAUCUGCGACUGCACUGGCCAGCAUGAUGUAGAAAACACACUUCUACAAGACUCCACUGCAAUAAGCACUGCCCUGGCCCACAAAGACAGCCUGAAGAAUGAGAAACCAACACGAACAAAAGCAAAAACCUUUCUGAAACGCAUGGAGACACUAAAAGCAAAAAGUGUGCAUGGAAAGCUAAAAGGCUCAGGAAGAACAGGUCCUUUAGAGAUAAGUGGACCUGUCCUUCAAUAUGAGCCGAAAUCUUUGAAAGAUAUGCACUGUGUACAGAUAGUCAAUGGCGAUCUCCAAAACUUAGGGCAAGAUUCAGUCAAAAGAGGACUCUCCUUUUCUGCCAAAUCCAGCAGUGACAGCAGUCAGUCCGAAAACAGCAGCAGCGGGGUGAGCACACCCUGUUUGAAGGAGCGCAAAGGUCAUGAAGCAAACAAGAGAGGUGGGAUGUACUUGGAGGACCUAGAUGUUCUGGCAGGAACAGCCUUACGGCAAGUGGUAGAUGAAAAUCGAAAAAAUGAAUUUCAUUCCCAAGAGAACUUGGUUGUGCAUAUUCCCAAGGACCACAAACCGGGGACCUUCCCGAAGGCACUUUCUAUUGAAAGCCUUUCACCUACAGACAACAGUAAUAAUGUAAACUGGAGGACAGGCAGCAUCUCUUUGGGAAAACAGAACUGCUCUACUCCAAAAGAGACUGGAUUGAUUGCUUGCUGUCCAAAAGAGAGCAGAGUUAGUAUUUAUGACAAUGUGCCAGGCUCCCACUUGUAUGCCAGUACUGGGGACCUACUGGACUUAGAGAAAGAUGUCCUUUUCCCUCAUUUAGAUGACAUUUUGCAGCAUGUCAAUGGACUCCAAGAGGUAGUAGAUGGCUGGUCAAAGAAUGUGUUGCCAGGUCUGCCAGUUGAUGAUGUGUCCAUCAAAGAAUCUUCAUCGUUGCCUUUCCAGUCACCCACACAGAUCACACUUGAUUUUGAAGGGAACUCCGUCUCUGACGGCCGGACCACACCGAGUGACAUGGACAGAGAUGGAACAUCCCUGAAUGAGUCAGAAGCCACCGGUGUUAGGGACAGGAGAGACUCUGGUGUGGGAGCAUCUCUCACAAGGCCAAGCAGGCGGUUACGGUGGCAUAGUUUCCAAAUCUCUCAUCGCCUGAGCCACUCCAUAGCAUCACUUCACAUCAGUAAUCAGUCAGCAGCCCAACUGAAUCUACUGCAAAAAUUCUCUCUACUUCGUCUUACUGCCAUCAUGGAAAAAUACUCCAUGUCAAACAAACAUGGCUGGACCUGGUCUGUGCCAAAGUUCAUGAAGAGGAUGAAAGUCCCUGACUACAAGGACAAGAACGUCUUUGGUGUGCCUUUGAUAGUUCAUGUCCAGAGAACCGGACAGCCUCUUCCCCAGAGCAUACAGCAAGCACUACGCUACUUACGCAGUACCUGUCUAGAUCAGGUGGGCCUGUUUCGAAAAUCUGGAGUGAAAUCCCGAAUCCAGGCCUUACGUCAGAUGAAUGAAAGCUCCCCGGAAAAUGUCAGUUAUGAAGACCAGUCAGCGUAUGAUGUGGCAGACAUGGUAAAGCAGUUUUUCAGGGACCUGCCAGAACCUCUCCUCACAAGUAAGCUAGGAGAGACCUUUCUACACAUCUACCAGUAUGUUCCUGCGGAGCAGCGGCUGCAGGCUGGCAUGCUGAUGGCGGAUGAGAACCGGGAGGUCUUGCAGACACUGCUGUGCUUCCUCAGCGACGUCACCUCCGUGGAGGAGAACCAGAUGACUCCCAUGAACAUCGCCGUUUGCCUGGCCCCUUCCCUCUUCCACCUUAAUAUAGUGAAGAAGGAAAGCUCCCCUAGAGUGAUACAGAAAAAAUAUGCAACAGGGAAGCCAGAUCAGAAGGACCUCAGUGAAAACCUGGCAGCUACUCAGGGACUUGCUCACAUGAUAGUGGAAUGCAACAAACUUUUUGAGGUCCCACAUGAGAUGGUCACUCAGUCUCGAAACUCCUAUGUUGAUGCUGAAGUGCAUUCUCCCACCCUGGAAGAACUAGGGAAACAAGUGGAUGAAGAAGGAGGGAACUAUCAGAUGUACCUUGAAAGUCUCAUGCAGACUUUCCAGAAAGAAGCAAAAGAGAAAUUCAAAGGAUGGGUCACAUGUUCCAGUUUAGAGAACACAGAACUUGCCUACAAAAAGGUUGGGGAUGGGAACCCCCUAAGGCUUUGGAAAGCCUCAGUGGAAGUUGAAGCUCCCCCGUCAGUUGUCCUGAACCGAGUGCUGAGAGAACGCCACAUUUGGGACGAGGACUUCUUGCAGUGGAAGAUUGUCGAGAGCCUGGACAAGCAGACAGAAGUUUACCAGUACGUUUUGAACAGCAUGGCUCCUCAUCCCGUCCGAGAUUUUGUUGUUCUAAGGACAUGGAGGACUGAUUUGCCAAAAGGGAUGUGUAUGCUGGUGGCCAUCUCUGUGGAGCAUGAAGAGGCCCCUCUCAUGGGAGGUGUGCGAGCCAUUGUGAUGGACUCCCAGUACCUAAUCGAGCCAUGUGGCUCAGGAAAAGCCAGGCUGACCCAUAUCUGCAGAAUUGACCUAAAAGGACAUUCCCCAGAGUGGUACAACAAAGGCUUUGGACAUCUGUGUGCAGCAGAAGUUGCCAGGAUCAGGAACUCAUUUCAGCCCCUGAUUGCCGAGGGACCAGAAACGAAAAUCUGAGGAAGUGUUCCUGGAAGUGUGUGAGCAUAAAUCAGGGUAUGGCAGAGUAGAAAGACUGAAAGCAAAGACCUUAUUUAAGUUACUUGCAAUAGAAAUCUAACUAGAUCUGGGUCUGUACAAAGGUGAAACAGGAAUUUUAUAGGAAAGUUAUUUUAUUCUGGAAACUUCACCUCCCCCCCCACAGCCUUUCCACAUUAAUUUCAAUCAAACAUUUUUCAAAGAGAUUUUAUCGUUAUUACUUUAAAAUUAGACUAUUACCAUUACUUGUGUGUUACAUAACUCUGGUAUUUAAAGGCUUCUAAGAAGCAUAUUUUAAUUGUAAAUAAAUUAUGUACAGUAUGUAUAUAUUAUAUAUAUAUUAUAGCUAUAUAUAUAUAUAUGUAUAUGUAUAAAUUAAUUAUUUUGUAUAUAACUCAGUGCUAUGUAGAAGAAGUCACCUGCAUCAGUUGGACCUUAAAAGACUCCGUCACUUGUUUCUUAGUGUGUCACUGCUACAUAAGCUGUGUUUGCUAUUAUCACAGGGCUACCAGACAAAAUCCAUGUGAUAACAGAAACGCCUGUGUUUAAAUUUGUUUGUGUUUGUGUAUGCUACAAGGUACCUGGAAAUAGAUGUAGGAGGAAUGAAAGGAGCUAAGGAGGAGAGUGGUUAUUGUAUGUCUAAAAAUAAUGAGGAGUGGAUCAGUAUGACCAAAUAAAAUACGUGGAAAUGUAACUGAGGUAGACGUUUUGAAGGCCGUUUAUAUUCAGCUGCAGAAGGUUUGUGACUGUUAAUACAAGGUGAUAAAAGCUUACCUAUUGCCUUAAUUAAUGAUAUAUUUGCCACUAGAGAACCUCACCGUCUGCAGUGUUCAAAAUAACAGCUCAUUCUUAGCAAAUACAAGAUAACUCUGUGUGUACCGAGGUGACCUCAGGUGACCUCACUAUCUGAAGUUAAACUGGUAAGUUAUUAAGCUGUAAACCUUUUGCUUAGUGUUUUAUCCAGUAAGUGGUUCUGUGUUGUUCUUUCCUUCUUCCAUAGGAAUGGCUAAUUAUUAAGAAACUCCAAAGCAGAUUUUCCACAUCCAGUGACCACAAAGAUGUGCAGAUAAAUGCCAUGCCUUUUUUAUACUCUUACUAUAAAAAUAACUAAACUUUUUAAAGCUUUUAAAUACAUCUCAGAGAUUUUAAAUAUUGAAUGCAGAUUAUGCUUGGGAAGAUCACUUUUAUGAUAACAGCAAGCAUUUUCAUGUUAUAUUGCACUGAUCUGCAUGAUCCUGCCUCUGAUGGCAUUGGCGGGAGCAGGAUCAGCCCCUGACUAUGAGGAGUAAGAGCCAUUUAAGCCCACUACAUCAUUUCAUUUUCAGAGACCUAUUAUUUGCUAAUGGAAGAAUGCUUUAAAAGUAAUAAUAAUCAUUUAUUGACCUUACCUUCGAGACAAGGUUCCGUUUUGUUCUUAACUAACCUAAGACCAAAAAUGGAAUUAUAUCUAUGAGUCAAUAAGAAUGUACAAGUCUAUCAAUACUGUUCUUCAUUAAUUGCAUUUGUUCACUUUGACAUUAUUUAUUGCUGUAUAAACCAACUGAGUCAUUCACAGCCAGGGUUUUAGUUCAAUCCUCUCAACAAAACCCACUGCGAUUUAGGAUGAGGUCAAUUAAGUGAGGUGCCUUUGCUACGUGAAGCUGCAGAGUUUUGUGACCUGAGAGUGCAAAGUGCGAGAGCUGGCGUGGUACCCUGUGCCACGGGAACCCUGCCCGCGGGAGCAGGGAGCGCACGGGAGCCGGCAGGGGACCUGGGCAGGGUCGCCCAGGGCUAUCCUGCCUUGGAGCAGUAGUACCCUGGGAAGUCCCCAUCUCCUCUCCCCUGUGAGCUGCCCCUCUCUUUCACUCCAUCUUGCCCAUAUUUUGCUCUUUGACUCGUAGGAUGUAGGAGGUUGGGUGCCCGAGAGCUGUGUUUGCAGCCAGCAAUGUGCAAACAGUGCAUGUUUUUAAGUAUUAGCGAUGGGUGAGCAUUGGUGUACCUGCACGCCCAGAAGGUCCAGGUGCUCCCCAGGUGGCACGGCUGCCAGCCAGCCCCUGGGCAUCCAUGCUGCCCACCUCAGGCAGGAUUCAAGGUGCAUGAGCUAGCGGGGCCAGGGCAGCACUCUGCCAGCAGCUGCCAGCGCCCCAGCGAUCUCCAGAAAUCAGCACCUCCUCCCCUCAGCACCCGUAGCCAUGGCAGCAGGUUUCACUCAGAAAAAGGAUGAGCAGGCUGUUUCCUAAAACAGGAGCAAUUAGAGCCCUUCUGCUACAUUACUUUGCAUAAAUGAAUACAAUAGUGCCUCAGGAUUAAUGGACACAGCAUUUCAGGCACUGGAAAUAGCAAUUGCCUGACACUCAAUAAUUACUUAAAGAAAGGAAGGGAAAACCUCGGCAGCGGUUUUAUCCUGCCUGACUCAGCUGGACGGGACCCUGUGCCACCUGCCACGGUUAGCAAGGUAGGUUUGCCUUCCUAAUGUUGCCAAAUCUUUGUCAUGUACUUCCAGCAGCUCUAAGCCAUGUAUUAACGAAAUACUUUUCCUCUACAAUGUACCUUAUGCCAUGUCUACCUUUCAGCUACCACAGUAUUUUGUAUUGUUACAUUGCCAUUGAGAAUACAUUAUGAUACUUACAUUUUUAAAUGUUAUACUCAUAUCAAUACCUCAUAUUUUUACCUCAUCUGUUGGUAUCAGUCAUUAGUUGUAAAUAAAUAAUUGCAGAGUUGAAUAAAUUUGCAUACACUAAAGAA